AGUACACCGUAAUUGUACGAAACUCAUAGUCAAUCACGCGAUGUGUUCUCUGAGGGUGAUUUUCUUCUUCGUCGCUGUAACGGCGUCAAUCGAGGCUACCAGCUUCAACGUAACACAAGCAACGCUGUGGUGGCAGACAACGACUCUUUACCAAAUUUGGCCACGUUCUUUCAAAGACAGUGACGGUGAUGGAAUCGGUGAUUUGAAUGGUAUCGCUAGCAAAUUGACUCACUUGGUUGACAUGGGAGUCGAAGUUAUCUGGCUGUCACCUUUCUUCGCGAGUCCCUUAAUCGACAGCGGCUACGAUAUUUCCGAUUACCUUAGCGUAAAUCCAGUCUAUGGUACCCUGGACGAUUUCGACGACCUCAUCGCCACGGCAAAUGAACUUGGUCUUAAAGUAGUUUUGGAUUACGUACCCAAUCAUACAAGCGACGAACACGCAUGGUUCAACUAUUCCAAGUACAGCGUCGAUCCUUACACCGAUUACUACAUUUGGAACGAAGGAAUCGAGGUAAACGGCACUCGGAACCCGCCGAAUAAUUGGCUCAGCGUUUUCAACAGCGGAAGCGCAUGGGAAUGGGUGGACGAGCGUCAGGCCUACUAUCUUCAUCAAUUUCACGUCAAGCAGCCCGAUCUUAACUUCACGAACGAGCUGGUGAUAGAGGAAACCAAGGAGAUACUAACCUUCUGGCUAGAUCGUGGUAUAUACGGUUUCCGUAUCGACUCCUUGCCCUACCUGAUAGAAGCUGCUUCACUGGCAGACGAGCCGGAAUCUGGUUUGGACGGCUACGAGUCAACUGAUUACUACUAUCUCGAGCACAUAUACACCAAGGAUUUGCAAGAGAAUUACGAAAUAGUACAAAUAUGGAGGGAUCACAUAGACAAUUAUACGUCUGUGAAAGGGGACGGUGUUGAGAGAGUGAUGUUCACCGAAGCAUACGCAAAUAUUUCAAGCAUAAUGGAAUACUACGAUUACGGAUCGCACAUACCGUUCAACUUUUUCAUGAUCAAAGACGAGAAUGGCGUGAAUAACGCCGUUUUAGACACAGCUAGUGAAGUAGUGGACAUAAUUGUUAAAUGGAUGGAGAACUUGCCGGAUAACGCAACGGCAAAUUGGGUGUUUGGAAACCACGACAACAGUCGGAUCGCAACGAAGCUCGGCGAGGCCCGCGUGGAUGCUGUUAAUUUACUGCUCUUUCUGCUCCCCGGUGUUGCGACCAUUUAUAACGGGGACGAAAUCGGUAUGACCGAUACCUAUCUUACAUGGGAAGAAACCGAGGAUCCUCAGGCGUGCAGCACCGACGAAAGUCGUUACGAAUCGUUCUCAAGAGAUCCCGAACGCACUCCUUAUCAGUGGGACAACACAACUUCCGCCGGUUUUUCAACAAAUGCUACUACCAUGCUGCCGGUGAACUCGAACUAUUUAACAUUGAAUCUCGCGGCUCAAAAGGCAGCCGAUAUCAGUAAUUACAAGAAUGUACAAGCACUUAUUCAGUUGCGAAACAGUACGAUAAUUCAGGCUGGAAAUUUGAACGUUCAAGUUAUCAGCGAAAGUGUUAUAGCCUUCACAAGAGAGCUUUCCGACUAUCAGCCGAUCGUUGUUUUGGUCAAUUGGGACAACGCAACUGCGGUAACGCUUAGCCUGGAAGUGUUUGAUAGCCUUCCUGAAACUUUGGAAGUUUUGAUCGCUGACAUUAAUUCUGGCAUUGCCGUUGGAGAUCAAUAUGCCAAAACCAGCAUUGAACUACCUGCCAACGCUGCAAUUGUCCUGCAGGGUGUUGAGGAUACCGUUUCCGGGUCACGGACCAUCCGAUCGUCGACUACUCGUUGGAGUGUCCGAGUGCCAAUCAAGUGCGCAUGAAAGUAUGGGGCACUUUACGGUUUUUUGUACACACGUAUAAUGUGUGUAUAUAUAUAUAAUACGCGAAAGACCGUCAUGCGUAUGAAAUAAAAACGUAAACACGAACGCGAUCGGGCAUAAAACGUAGGAUCGUGCGCAAGCCAAAGUAAGCUCCUUAUAAACUCUGGAGAUAAGUUGCCCAGCGCAAAUUGAAUCUCGAGAGUUUUUAAGAGCAUGACGUGAGCAUUAUCCCGACCCUGAAGUCAAUAUAAAUGGAUCUUGAUAAACGGUUGAAGCAAAUUAUAAAGAGUAAAAAAAUUGAGACGGAAAACAAUUUAAAAAAAAGAAAACCAGCAAAGUUAAUGUAACAGGAAUACCAAAAGGGUGGUAAAAAUAAGGAAAUAAAUAACCAGAUGCCAAUAACAAGCCUGCGCAGGGUAUGCUCACUAUAAUUGUACCCAAGAGAAAGAGCGAUGAAAAGAGAAAGAGAGAGAGAGAGAGAGAGAAUAUAUAUUACACACGAUGAUCAUCAUCGCUAGUUGUUAUCUCCGUCGGAAAAGAUGCCGCGGUUUAUCAAAUUCAAUGAACGAUAUCGAUAAACAAUUCUGAGCAAUAACUCCUCUUAGCAUACAACACUUAUGCCUAUACAGACCGAACGACGGCUCAGGCAUGAGAUGAUUGAUGAAAAGGUAUCGUGACAAGUGCUCAGCGUCUAUACAGAUAUUCUUUCAUUCUCUGUUCACUUAACACGUAGCCUGUCCACGUGGGUAUUCCUUUCGUUCGAGAGGAUGCAGCGAGAUGCUAUGUAACACAGCUGCAUUAUCUGUAUACGUAUAACUCGACAUCUGUAAGUACACGCGACACAGGUUCGUUGAUUUGUUAGAGUUCGAAGAAAGUCACGGCGCGAUGUAAGAAAGAUAGAGAGAGAGAGAGAGAGAGAGAGCGAGAGGGAGAGACAGAGAGAAAUAAAGAAAAAGAAGGAGAGUGUGCAGGGAUGUCAUAAGCGAAGGUGUACAGACAGAGAGAAGAAAAAGAUAGAAAGAGAGAGAGAGAGAGAAGAAGAGGCGGCUCUCACUCCGGGCGGGUAGAAUUAAUUUUUACUGUUCAUUAUUCACGUGUCAAAUUAUCAUCCAGCACGCGUUAACUUCACUAUUCCUGCAUACGACAAUCUAUUUUAAUUUCAACUAUCUAAUAGGCCAAUUUCCUCUAUAGACGAAACGAAAAUUAUAAUCGUAGGGCAGCCCUUGGCACAUCCCUGCUGUCGCAGCCCCGGGCUAUAGAUCACGUCUAAUGCUGUCACAACAGAUAUUCGUCGAGCAUAGAUCCUCUCAACUCUCGUAGAUCGAACCGAUAUCGCCUAUAUCACUGCCACACCGACAUACCGCGUCGGGUAUCCUAUGACCUCUGCAGAAUACGAAGAAGGUGGUGCCAUUUGUCAUUUUCUUACGAUGUAAAACACUUCUUCGUGUACAGAGACACUGUGGGAUGCAAAAAUUGUAAAAUUUUUUAUUUUCUAUUCAAUUCAAAGCCUCGCGAUAGCUCAGGUUAAUCGAUCGAUCGAUCGGAACAAUAAUUGAUCGGUUUUUCGGCCAAGAAAUUUCUUUCGUUACAUACAACGGUGAAAAAAUUGAUAUUUACUCAAGUCUUCGGGGGUGCUUGGUUAAAGUUGAAGAUUCCGAGAAAGGGUGAAAAAAAGAGAUGGUUCAAAGAGGGGAAAAAACAGACGGUAAAGAAAGCGAAACGAUCGAUCGAAGCCUAUAGUGGAGAGAAUAAAUGGUCGAGUACCGCGGACUGAAUCGACACCAACGCGAUCGUAAGGCUAUAAAUCUCUCGAGGUAGAGAAGAUCGAGGCGAUUGAAAACGUCUUCAAACAUCUCCGUCGCCGAGUCUAUUAUUGAUUACUAUUUAUUAUCUAGUAAUAACUGUCGCGGGUAAGAGAAGUGAGAAGAAAUUGAAACGCGAGGCGCAAAGAAUACGAAGAUGAUGAAUAAAAUAAGAAGAAGAAACAGCGCGAGGCGUGAAGAUAGGGAUAAUUGGAAGCCGGAGGCAAAUCUGACAAUGAGUUUAUCCAUCAAUUGCACGGAAAAAAGUUGCACAAUCCUCGCAGCUGCGUGCGGCGUGGGUAAUUUUUUUCAAUUUGUUUAUUCAUAACCCCGACUCGCGUUGCGCCUAACUAAUAUAUUACACAAAUAACGCAGCGAGUAGGUGCGAUAUAUAAUAUCGCAUUAUCGGUGAACACAUUCGAAUUGACGGAGUGUAGCGACCAAGUUGGCAAGAACAAGCCACUCAUUCUGUUUAAUCAUUCAUCCAUUGAUUCCGAAGUUGCAUGGAGGUUAAAAAACGACCGCCAUAAAGCUCAACCUUCAAGGCUUGGCAAAUCGGGGCACUGGGCAUAGCUUCUCUCCUAUCAGCCGGCUCAUUUUCGUUCCCGGAAAUCUGGCUCAGCAUAAAAGUCGAGCUAUCUCGGUAGGCAGAUACACAUCUCGCUUACUAUACAGCGAUACGUCACUUUUACACAUAGAUCCACAGCUGGAGAAUAAUACUGUAUUCAACAUACGGAAUAAGCCGUUGGUAAAGAUUCUUUUUCCGAUUAAUUUUGGUUACUAAUUACCGGAAACGUGAUUAUCAAUAACAUUAAUCGUUUUAUCGAAAUGAGGAAUUACCGUUCAUCCACUAAACGACGCUUGUUGAAUUAUACACCGAAAUUUCAAGUCCCUGUUAUUAAAAUCCGGGUUUUUGUGUCGAAUAUAAAUUCUUUUAAGAACAGAUUUACUUUGUUCGUGCAAAAGAGGCUUUGUUUUAGAAAAGUAAAAAGAAAUCGAUUGGAAAUCCUGAACAUUGACAAAAAGUUGUUUUUCUCAAGAAUGGUAACGUGUUCGUUUCUUUUAUAUAAAUAUCGUUGAUUUCCAGAAAGCUUCAUCGAUGCCACGGAUUUUUGAUCUUUGUUCUAAACGGUUGCUGAGUAGGUCAUUUCAUGGUGACUCAAUGCUCCAUUUUCUUCAUUAGUUGGUUACCCGAUACCGAUCCGCUCUAAAGGACAGAAAGAGAGCUGGAACCGUUCCGAAUUCCUAACCAUGCAGCACAUGGCUAUUUUUAUUAAAAUUCGACGAAAGAAAGUGAUACACCCGACUCGAGUUAUAAUAAUUGUCACGUGUCAUGGGUAACGAUAAAGGCGCUGUCUUAUUCCGAUUCAAGUUGGUCAAGGUGUAUCCUUGCCAUGCCAAUCACGGCCCCUUUUAUCCAGCCGCACCACUCUAUAAAUUCCUUACCUCGAUGACAAUCGUAAAUCGAUUGUUGCAGCCAGUUCUCAUAGUGAAUUGAACAACGAAACCUGCACUUCGGAUUCUAAACCGGCAUUGUCGAUAUUCUUUAUCAAAUUUGUUUUACCACCCAGUCACCAACUACCCAAGGUAUAAUAUUGUAACGAGGUCCUGCAAUACAAGCUUAUACUCAAAAUGUAAUUUCACUCAGGACAAAAGUUUCUGACACUUCUUAUUACCAUUUAUCACAAAUAAAUUAAAAGAAAUAAUCAAA